AUGACAAGAGGAAAUGGCACUGAAGUCACUGAAUUCUAUCUGUUGGGAUUUGGUGCCAAACAAGACUUUCACUAUGCCCUUUUCAUUGUAUUUCUGGUGAUCUAUGUGACAGCCAUGGUGGUUAAUACUGGAAUGAUCCUACUCAUCAACACAGACUCCAGACUUCAAACACCCAUGUACUUUUUCUUACAACAUUUGGCUUUCAUUGAUAUCUGUUACACAUCUGCUAUCACUCCAAAGAUGCCGCAAAAUUUCAUAGUAGAAAACAAAUCCAUCUCAUUCAGAGGCUGUGUAGCACAAUUAUUGGUCUAUGUAAUAUUUGCAACCAGUGACUGUUAUCUGCUGGCAGCUAUGGCAGUGGACCGUUAUGUAGCCAUCUGUAAGCCACUUCACUAUCCCAUAAUCAUGUCAAGAACAGUUUGCAUCCUGAUGGUAGCUGGUUCAUAUCUCAUAGGAUCAAUAAAUUCCUCUGUACACACAGGCUUUACAUUUUCACUCUCCUUCUGUAAAUCCAACCACAUUAAUCACUUUUACUGCGAUGGUCCCCAAAUUAUCACCCUUUCAUGCUCCAGCAUUGAUAUAAACAUCAUGCUUAUUUUUACCUUUGUUGGAUUUAACCUGAUGUUCACUGUGUCAGUCAUUACUGUCUCUUAUAUGUACAUCAUGGCUACCAUCUUAAAGAUGUCUUCUGCUUCUGGGAGGAAGAAAACCUUCUCUACAUGUGCCUCCCACCUGACAGCUGUCACCAUUUUCUAUGGAACCCUCUCUUAUAUGUACUUAGAACCUCAUUCUGAUAAUUCUCAGGAGAACCGAAAAGUGGUUUCUGUCUUUUAUGGCAUUGUGAUUCCCAUGUUAAACCCUCUGAUCUACAGCUUGAGAAACAAAGAGGUAAAAGAAGCUAUAAAAGUGACAGGAAAAAAGUUCAUUAGACUUGAUCCUAAUUGUUAA